GCGCGAUUUGGCGCCCGUGCAGUCCACGCAGUCCACGCCCCAAAUAGCUGCCCCCAAAAAGUAUUCCCCGCUCACCGCGCGCAGAAGAAAGGAAUUAUUGAGCAUACAGCUGGGUCCAGUUUCGCGCAGACGUCCUCUAUACGCACGCCGGAGUCCUAGAAUAGCGGAGAAGAGAAGGGCGGAGGAGCAAGCCAUGGGUCUGGGUAAUACCAUAGAAUCGCCGUACAAGCGCAGACGUUGCGAGGGGGGAUCGAGCGUGGCUGUGCCUCAACUGGGGCCACCAAAAGCAGAAGAGUGCGUGGACAUAUCCACAUUGGCCUCCACCAGCCGGCAGCGACAUUAUGUAAGCAGCUCUUCGGCUCCAGCAGAGCAACAAAGAGAAGAAUGUGCCGUGACUGUCUCCGUGUUGGAGACACCAAAAAUAGACAAAACUUUGAAGCUGGAGGUGAAGAAGAGUCCAACUGAGCACCAGCCGAAUCCUCGAGUAGCUGCAUCCACAGCUAGAGAAAACUCAGCCAUCCAGACUCUGGCGAAGAAGAGUCCAACUGGGCAGCCGAAUCCUCGAGUAGAUGCAUCCACAGCUAGCGAGAGCUCAGAUAUCGAGACUCUGAAGAAGAAGAAUCCAACUGAGCAGCAGCCGAAUUCUCGGGUAGAUGCAUCCACAGCUAGUGAGAACUCAGCUAUCGAAACUCUGAAGAAGAAGAGUCCAACUGAGCAGAAGCCGAAUCCUCGACUAGAUGCAUCCACAGCUAGAGAAAACUCAGCCAUCCGGACUCUGGCGAAGAAGAGUCCAACUGGGCAGCCGAAUCCUCGAGUAGAUGCAUCCACAGCUAGCGAGAGCUCAGAUAUCGAGACUCUGAAGAAGAAGAAUCCAACUGAGCAGCAGCCGAAUUCUCGGGUAGAUGCAUCCACAGCUAGUGAGAACUCAGCUAUCGAAACUCUGAAGAAGAAGAAUCCAACUGAGCAGCAGCCGAAUUCUCGGGUAGAUGCAUCCACAGAGAACGAGAACUCAGCUAUCGAAACUCGAACUCCACUUGAGACUGACCUAGACGAGAGCACACUCAAGCCCGAGGAACAGAGCUUCGAUUGUGGUGUUCAAAUCCUAGCAGCAGAUAGCGAGGGGUCGCUGGAUGACAGUGAGCACGGAGAGCAGAUGGCAGCAACUAGUAAUUCCCAGGAAUUUGUGGAAGAUUUACCUGAGUCCGAAAUGAAAGAGCAAGAGCUGCAGCUGAUCAGUGCCAGGCAAUCCAGAGAAAAGAAACGCACAAGCCGCGACGAGAGAGGCUGUUUUCUCAUGUGAGAGACUAUAAGUUAUUAUAUAAAAUGUGGAUUAGUUGUAACCGAGAUAUGUGAUAAUAAGCAACUAUUGUGAAUAAUUAUGUGAAAUAUAUUAAAUAAAAGUUUAUUUAAAGAAUAA